GGGUAUCCUACCGAGCAGUCUAAGCAACCAGACCCAGACCCAUUAGCAGCAUCACGUUACUCGUGCAUCUACUGGGUCGACCAUCUCUGUGAAAAUCGUGCAUGCGGUCUACAUGAUGGAGGUACUAUUAACAAAGAGGAUGUUCCUCUCCUGGCUAGAAGCACUUGGCCUCUGUAA